UUGUAUCGUCUCUUUCUCGCGGGUUUCUCCGUGUAUGAGGUUAGCUUGUCCUACGCGGGAGAGGCAUUCUGAAGGUGUAGCAGUGCAAGCAUUCAGUGAAGAGUUGUGUAGGCGACGAAACAGUGUUGCUAGAUUCCGUAAUAGUAAUCCAUAUAAUUGAAAGGAAAACAGUGUAUAGUUGACAUGGGGAAAAUGUUGGAUGGAUUAUAUUCGAAGGAUUAUGAAGCAAUCACCUAACUCCAUCUGCGUCAACCUCUAAUUCAUUUCUAUAGGUUGAAUGAAAUUUGAUUUGUCUGAAAUGUCGAUUAAAUCAUAGUACUGUUUCUGGCGUUCAAUGAACAAAUAUUGCAACACUGUAAAGUAUCUUAUUCGUGGUAACGUGGGAUGAAUAGAGUGUAAACGGAAUGGCUCAGCACCAAAAGUUGCAUCGACGGGACCAACAGCAACCACUCGCAACCGGAGGAAUAACUGGAACUAUCACGACCGCAUUUGUAGAAGGUGGCAUUCAGCAAAGUAACAACGAAAAGCGCAAAUAUAGCCUGUUAGAGUGUGAUAGUGAUGAAGAUGAUUUCGCUGGAUUCGAUGAGGACGCCGCUCGCAGCGGUAAUGGAAUUUUGAAUUCGAAAAAAUCGUCAAUCUUAAUUUCCGCACUUGCGAAGUUGAAAACUGAAGAACCUGAACCCGAUUAUUCCUCGUCGACGGAAACAGCUUCGAAAGGCGUUCCUGCUUGUGGUGAGGAUUCAUUCACGGAAUCAUUAGAAAAACAGGAUGAAAUGGAGUCGAUCGUGAGUAUGGGAUCGACAGGAGCAGGAAUAUUUGAACCAAGUGGCAAGGGGACAGCGAUGAUGAUAAUGGCGACCGGACAAUCCAAACGAAAAGUUGCUGUACCCGUAGUAGCCCAGGGUGAUGCAUACAAGCUGCCAUUCAAAUAUGGCUGGAAAAGGGAAUUGGUAUACCGCGCCAACAUGGAUGGUAACAGCAAAGACAAAGGUGAGGUAUACUAUAUAACUCCGGCAGGUAAAAAGUUACGCACAAGGAAUGAUAUUGUUAUGGCUCUACAUGAUGGAUUAACAAUGGAUAAUUUCACUUUUAUAAAAGAUCCUGUUGGCGGCUCACCGGACGAAGAAAUCAUAAGGAGCGCAAAGUCGUAUGGAACCGCUCCGAGACGUUCGAUCAGUUCAAACCUUCCCCCUGCAGUAGAAUCGCCAGUUGAAAGUAACCUUGGAAAACGCAUUCCGAAGCCCAAAAUGCCAAAAGGAGCCAGUCCACCUCCGCCGGCAUCGCUAGCGCGAUCUGCGCUUGGUCAAUCGCGAACACCGCCUUCUUCGCGAUCAAACUCUCAAACGUCUCCAAAAUCAGGCGCACUUACGACUUCCAUACGUGGCUCUUCAGUUGGAGCUUCUGGGCCAAAAAUCAGUGAAAACUCACCAAUUGGAAUGAAGAGUACAAAGCUGAAAAACAAAGUCGAAACUUGUACAAUUCAAUGUAUACCAGCGAUGGGUAUGAUUCCUCAGCUCCAGUGCAUAUCUUGUCUAUGCAUGUAUCAUCCAGAGUGUGUUGAAGCAACAACCGCCGAGAUUUUGGCUCGCCGAUUUACUUGCAAGAUAUGUCUGGAUGAAAAACCAACCGUUCCAGAUUUCGAGAUUCUGCCGGCGAUUGGUAAAGUGGCUGCCAAUUCCACAUCUCCAACAAUGCCAUUAGGUAACCAAGCUCUGAGCAAUGGUAAUGCUUCUGCACCACCAACUAUCGAUAAGCAAAAGAAGCCUACGCCACCACAAGAACCGCCUAAAGUUGGCCCCGGAACACCAAAAGUAGGAGGAAAAGUGGCUCCAACACAAGACGUAAUAGUUGUGGGCAACCACCAAUUUAUAGUUGUUCCAAAAGGCAAAGUAUCAUCAACAAGGGCUAGAAAACAAUCGAAGCAUCAGUCUCAACAACAUGAAUCACAACAGGCGUCACAAACCUCAACACAAUCUUCAGUACCGGAUGAGACGAAAAAGCCUGCUGGCAGUGUGAAACCUAUUAUCGCUCAGAACAACAGUCGCAAUUUCAUUGCCGCAGACUUGGCGGCUAUUCGAAAUGAUACCACGAUGAAGGUAUCAUCACGAGCCGCGGGAGUGGAGCAAAACCGGAUGUUCGCAUCGAACUUUUUCUCCAAUGUGUCGAUUGGUUACGACGUGCUUCAACAAACUUUCCAGUACCUCAAAGUACAGGAGCUCUUACGCGCUAGCUGUGUAUGUAGAAUGUGGAACCAAGUGGCAAACCAUCCCAGGUUCUGGAAAACAGUUCGCAUGAAGAACUCGCACGUUAAUGAUUGGGCUGGACUUGCGGACACAUUACGGAAAAAUGGCACUAAACAUCUAGAUUUGAGAAAAAUGCUGAUUUCCGGAAAUAGCGAUCAGAUGUGGCAAGAUUUCACAGAUAAUAUUUGUUCAGUGGAAAAUCUCGAGAGAAUUGAUCUUUGUCGUUGCUCUUCUACAGUGGUCGGUAACUUAAUGAAAUCGAACCCAGGGCUGAAAGUAAUCAAUGCUUUGGCGAUCAAAAACGAUCCUCUGGAUUUCUCUAAUUUCGAGCACGGAAAAAGUUUACAAGAGCUAAGAAUAAAAUCUACAACAGCAGUCUCGCUGGAGAACGACCUUUCACAGCUCGCGUAUAUGAGCAGUUUGCGUCAUCUCUCUUUAACGUCAAUUCUAAAAUUAGGCUCUACUUCAACCGAGGCUCUAGGAAACCUUGUGAACCUAGAAUCUCUCGAGUUAGGGGAAUGCACAGAAUUAGGUAAAAAUUUCGCAAAUAUUCUCCUCAAUUUUACUAAACUGCAGCGAUUACGGUUGGAAAAAGGACAGGAAAAUUUCAACAUGUUUGCGGUACUCGAUAGCGUUGCAAAACUACCAGUCCUCAGUCAGUUGGAGUUGAUAAACUGUGACGUAAAAGUUGGUUUCGAUAAACACAUAGACCAAUGUAGUAAUAUCCGGAAGUUAUUACUUAUUCCAACAUAUGUGUCACAAUCUGCAGCAACGAAUCAUAUGGUGCUUAGUGGUGUAGCAAGGCUUCGGGAAACUCUUGACACUUUCCUUUGGACGGUGACCAUGGAAUUAUUGCGUGUGACCGAACUCUACAUCGACCAGUGUGAUACGAAGAAUCGCGACGAGAAAAAGAGUCCUGGUGAAAGUAUACCGAUACUGAAACCCGUACCAGGAGUGGACGAAAUUCCGUUAGCGACUAGUGCAAAUCCUUCGGAUACACCGGCCCAGGUUGAAAUUGUUCCAAUUACUAUGGUCAACAAUAUUCUCGAUCGAUCUUUACCGAACACUAAACUGAAGAUUCUAAAGAUUCCAUUUGCAAGCACUUGGAAACAAGGCAUGAUUGAACUACCUUGACUUCAGUGAUCUCGACAAAAAUAAUAAAUAUAAUGCCGAAAUUAAAUUUCGUAUCGUUUUAAAUGCUAUAAUUUAGGUCAGCUAUUCACUACAAUGAAAUGUGAAAGACAAUUGAUCAUAAGGGAUAGAAUAUUCUCAUAACAUGAAAAUGGGAAGUGUACAGAAAAUAAUAUUGUAUUUACGAUUUUUCCACUAAGAAACUCAGUUUAGCAAUCUGUUAAGCCAAUUAGUAUCGUUAUGCUUUAGAAGGCAGCUCCAAUGCAAACAUUUAUUGGACGUUGUUUAUUAUUUUUCGUAAUAUUGUUAAUAUUUACAAGAGACACGCUUUUAACUUUGAACUAAUUUUACGCCAUACAUCAUCAACAAACUUGUAAUCUGAAUAUAUCGUUUAUUUCAUAUCAAAAUUUGAUUUGGCGCUGUAUAAAGUUUCCCGUAGUAUCUAUUCCAUUUCCAUCACGCGCAAAUAUUUUACGUGGUAGUCAGUAAUUAUCAUACAAUAUACGGUUAAGAAUGUAAUGAGAGUAUUUAGA